ACAGCUUGUUUUGGAGGAAGUGGCUCGCGACGCUAACUGCUAGCAUGUUAGCUUGACAGGAAAAGCCAACGUCAACGACAACAAGACACCAUUGUGUCAAGUCGCUAGUACACCAAGUGAUAUUUAUACAUUGGCAGAGACACCGGUGUGUUCGACAAGGAGAGUCGGUCACAGGAGGUAGCUAUAGUAGCUUUUGACGACGCCGAGGCUUGAAACGGAGAGUUUUGCGACGACAGACAUUUAAAAGGAACUGCUAGCUCGUUAGCUAAUCUGUGCUCUCGCUAGCCCUCCGGUCAGAGGCUGAGGAAAAUUCACUUUCUUUAUUUUUUUACGACAGGAUCGUCUCACAAGUUGAGGCACAAUGACGUCAAGGAAGAAAGUACUACUCAAAGUAAUCAUCCUCGGAGACUCGGGAGUGGGGAAGACCUCAUUGAUGAACCAGUAUGUGAAUAAGAAAUUCAGUAACCAGUACAAAGCCACGAUAGGUGCGGAUUUCUUGACGAAAGAAGUCAUGGUGGACGAUAGACUCGUCACGAUGCAGAUUUGGGACACAGCAGGUCAAGAGAGGUUCCAGUCCUUAGGGGUGGCAUUCUACCGUGGAGCAGACUGUUGUGUUCUAGUCUUCGACGUGACCGCCCCCAAUACCUUCAAGACUCUAGACAGCUGGAGGGACGAGUUCUUGAUCCAGGCCAGCCCUCGAGACCCAGAGAACUUCCCCUUCGUGGUGCUUGGCAACAAGAUCGACUUGGAGAACAGACAGGUAACAACAAAGAGGGCACAGGCGUGGUGUCAGAGCAAGAACAACAUCCCUUAUUUUGAAACCAGCGCCAAGGAGGCCAUCAACGUGGAGCAGGCCUUCCAAACCAUCGCGCGAAAUGCUCUCAAGCAGGAGACCGAAGUGGAGAUGUACGAGUUUCCGGAGCCGAUAAAGCUGGACAGGAAUGAGCGAGCCAAGCCUUCAGCAGAGACCUGCAGCUGCUGAGGACUCUAUAUCUACAGAGGGGUCGUCAUCACCCUCAACACCCUCUCAUGCCUUGUCUAAAUAUCCUCCUUUCCCAUGACCCCACUGUGUUGACCCCUAAUGCCCAACAUCCCGCUCAUAAGAGUACACAACCGACAUGCUGCACCCUCCUCCUGUGUAGGAAACACAUUUUCUAUCUAUAAGUAUGAGCCUCUUAGCCCAAAGAACACCUUCAACAAACAUUUAUAUGUUGUUUCCUUUUCCAGUGGUUUUCCUUUAUUAUUCAUAUUUUUUGUCUAAACGGCAACGGUGGUUUUCAGUUCUAUGAAUAUUGCUGCUCUCACAAUCAGUUCCUUUUACUUUGAGAUCAACAACAAAACAAUAUCCUUAUCAUCUUUGUGCUUUGUUUUUGUAGCUAUGGUGGUCAUUUGUUUUAUUUGUACACGCUGCCACUACUGCAUGAGUAGAGAACACACACUGCGCCCCUCGUUUCAGACAUUUUGUGUUGUGGCUUUGCUUUGGUUUACUCUCCACCUCAUGCAGACAUUCACUAUCAUAAAUACUUGCUGGGGGUUGGGAUUCAGGUUUGGAGGAGCAGAAUGGCUGAAUUCCAGUUAGUAUGCUGCCUAUUGAUUUGUUGCUAAUUGAUGAAACGAUGAAAUGACACGUCCAAUCAAUCCAGUGUGCAGGUUGUGUGUGUUUUAUUUUAUUUUUUUUGCUCAUUUAAAAAUAGCCUGUGAAGACAACACCUGACAGGAAACUGCAUUGAGGCUCAGGGUAGUGCAAGGUCAAACUAAGCUGUUCUUUGUACUCCUUUUGCUGUUCCUCUUAUGGGAGAGAAGAGCUUUUCUGUCAUUAACAGGAUGUGGGAAUGAAUGGAAUCAAAACCUGACAGUCCUGAAGAAAAGAGACAAAUCUCACAAAUAGAAAUAGUCCUAACAGUGAUGUUUCUUUUUAUUGUCAACUGUUUCCAAGACUUUGUACAAUUGCAAUCAUUUUGUGGGGAAGACUACAUGUAAAUCUCCAUGUCUUACUGCCAGUUGCUUGUGUUGGCAAACAACUAAGUGCUUGACAUUUCUUUUAACCAAUCAGGUGUUUGUCUGCUUGAAUUAUGUUGAAACUGAAAUGCAUUAUAGAUUAGUGACAAUAGCUAACAGACUGCAACUUUGAAAAAGGUGGUGGAAGUAGUGGCAUUCAUCAUGAUAUUAAUAUGAUCAAUGCAUAGCAGCAACGUUUAAAAAAUGUCUUUGCCUUUCAAAAGUAAUAAGGGUAAUAAAAACCUCAAA